AUGGAGGAGACGGCGCGAUUGGAUGAUAACUGGAGACUGUGGCGAACACAGUAUGGAGAUUUUCGUACACUGGCAGCAAUGAACAGCAAAUCCAGUCCCGCACAAUUGGCUUUGUUCCGUCACACGAUUGGUCCGGCUGCUGUGCGUGUCAUAAAUGGAUUCACUUACUGUCCGGAUGAAGACCGUGGAGAUUGGCAGGUGGUGAAGACGAAGGUCGAACAGUACUGUCUUGGCGAAUCCAACGAGACUUACGAACGAUACAUUUUCAACCAGAGGAGACAGCAGCAUGGUGAGUCCCUCGAUGCAUUCGUCCUGUUGCUAAAAUCACUGGUUCGGGCGUGCAAGUUCCGUUCCUGUCUGGAAGAGAGUCUAAUUAGGGAUCGAAUUGUCGUUGGCCUACCGGAUUCUGCUGUGGCGAAACGCCUCCUAAAAUUUCCAAAGCUGACAUUAAAACAAUGCAUUGACAUAUGUCGGAGUGAAGAGGCAGCAGAGAAGACUAUGGAGACGCUUACCACGACAGAAAGUUAUGGAUUGUGA